AUGUUUUUUUCGGUGUGCUAUUUGAUAAUCGCUAUUGGCAUUACAGCAAUAGUGAUUUCUUACAUAUUAAUCAUAUUUAAGUGCAAUGAAAAAGCCACUGUUCGAAUCGGGCUUUCCAUUCCUGAAAAAGCAAUUAGAAAGUUUGGUCAGGCUCCUGGUCCGCAACCCUGGCCAAUUAUCGGGAACCUCGAUCUAUUAGGUCGAUUUAAAAGCAACCCAUUCGAGGGUCUUGGAGCAUUAACAAAGCAGUAUGGUGAUAUAUAUUCAUUGACUCUUGGUCACUCAAGAUGCUUGGUAGUAAAUAGCUUAGAUUUAAUUCGAGAAGUUCUUAAUAAAAAUGGCAAAUUUAUUGGUGGACGUCCGGAUUUUAUACGAUAUCACAAGCUCUUCGGUGGUGAUCGAAACAAUUCACUUGCGCUGUGCGACUGGUCAAACUUGCAACAAAAACGGCGAAACUUAGCUCGACGGCAUUGUUCUCCGCGGGAAUCGUCUCCGUAUUUUAAUAAAAUGUCUCAUAUAGGCUGCAAUGAGAUCAAUCACUUAAUGCGUGAGCUGAAUAAAGCCCAACCGGGAAAACCCUUCGAUAUAAAAAAAAUAAUUCUUGGAGCUAGCGCCAAUAUGUUUUGCCAAUAUAUGUGCUCAAUACGGUUUGAUUAUAAUGACAAGGAGUUUCGGCGAAUAGUGAGAUAUUUUGACGAAAUAUUUUGGGAAAUUAACCAAGGAUAUUCUUUAGAUUUCCUACCAUGGAUGCUACCGUUUUAUAAGAAUCAUACUCAAAAAAUAGUGCAAUGGUCUACAACAAUACGUAAAUUUAUUUUGGAUAGGGUUAUUCAUCAACGCGAAGAAAUGCUCGAUUUAGACGAACCUGAAAAUGACUUCACAGAUGCCUUGCUAAGAAGUCUUAAAGAAGACCAGAAUGUAUCGCGUAACACGAUUAUAUUUAUGCUCGAAGAUUUUAUUGGUGGCCACUCUGCUGUCGGAAAUCUGGUUAUGUUAGCACUUGCAUACAUAGCCAAAAAUCCAAUGAUUGGUCGUAGAAUUGAACAUGAAGCUGAUAUCGUUACAAAUAAAGGACGUCGCAGAAUAAACCUUUAUGACAUGGACGCAAUGCCCUAUACAAUGGCUACAAUUUUUGAGGUCCUGCGAUAUUCGUCAUCACCUAUUGUUCCACAUGUAGCAAUGGAAGACACAGCUAUUGCUGGAUUUGGCGUAACUAGAGGCACUAUCAUUUUCAUUAAUAAUUAUAUGUUAAAUAUGAGUGAAAAAUAUUGGAACUCUCCCGACCAUUUUGAACCAGAACGAUUUCUUGAUGAAAAUUAUAGAAGGAACAUCUGGAAAGUUGUAAAAUGUAACGACAAUAGACGCGGUUCUGAGGGAUCCGACUCCGGUAUUGAGUUCGAAAAAGACACGCAUGUACACAAAAUAAUUAUUGAUAAGUUAACAAGUACAAAAAAUUCAAAAAAAAGCAAAAAUAUAUUUAAUGAUAAAUGUGGAUACCAACUAAAAAAAAAUAUUCCUCAUUUCCUACCUUUUAGUAUAGGCAAGCGCACGUGCAUAGGACAAAAUCUAGUGCGGGGAUUUGGGUUCGUUUUAUUAGCAAAUAUUGUGCAGUCUUAUAAUAUUACCAGUGCUGAUAUAUCCAAAAUUAAUAUUAAUCAUGCCAGUGUAGCCUUGCCGGCUAAAUGUUUUCCUCUAGUAUUGUGGCCAAGAGCAUAAUAUCUUGCAAAGACUCGAACAUACAUACAUAUAAACUAUUCAUUUAUAAAUACAUAUAUCUUUUCACCUCUUACAGUAAACCGCUGGAUUAGGUCUUAUUAAGAUUUUUAGAAUUAAUAAUAGACACAAAAAGGUUUAUAACUUUCGUUUAAAGAAUUUUCAGAUGAAAAUAGGCGUAGUCCG